AUGCUGCCGACAGAGAGAGAGAACGGCAGCGAGCGAGCGGGUGCGGUCCGACCGCACCGGUCGGUCCGAAUAACGGCCGUUAACGGCCUCGCUGUCACGCGCGGCGCUGACGUGGCCUCACAGUUUUAUGCUAUUUACUCGAACCACGCCGUUGCCGCCGCGGACGACGACGACGCCUACUUCGUGUUCCCCGCGGAAUGCCGCGGGCGCCUGCGCCCGCCUCUGGACCCGGGCUACUUCGGUAACUGCGUCAAGGUCUGCUACGCGCGGGCCAGCACGGGCGACCUCUGCGGCCACGACGAAGGCGGCGCGCUCGCACGCGCGGCGGAGUCCGCCGCGCGGCAUGCGAUCCGUGAGAACGUGGAAGGGGAGGACCCGCUGGGCGAUGCCGACCGGUGGGCGGAGACCAUCCGGGGCGUCCCGCAGGACAGGCUGGCUAGGCAGGGGUCGUUGCACCGGUUCAUGGCGUACGAGGUGGACUUCCGGUGGGGGGAGCCGAGUCGGGUGGAGAUCGUGUCCACCUUCAGCGCCGAGAUGGCGAUGCUGGCCGGAGCGCGUGGCGGCGCGGUGCAAGUGUCGGUGGCGCUUGGCCGGGAGCACAUGGACGGCUUCGAGGCCAGCUUCGUGUCGCAGGCAUCGGCAUGA